UUUCCUGACUUUUUGUUUUCUAAUCAAAUCCCAUCUCCAUUUUUGACAACCCCUUUUUCUUCAUCUUCUUGAAAAUCAAUAUUUCUUUUCAGAUCAAAUUCCAACUUUGUAAAAGUCAACGCCUUUAUCUUCUUCUUUUUUUCAAACCCCGAUUCUAGUCAAAGGUUGUAUUCUUCCUGAUGUUUUUAGUGUGUGUGAAUUUGAGAUAUAAAAGGGUGAAAGUGGUUGUUUGAAGUUUUUUGAUAUUGUGAUGAUGGAUGGUUCUCAAGGAGGUUCAAGUUCAUCACCGCCUUUUCUUACCAAAACAUAUGAAAUGGUAGAUGACCCUUUGACCGAUCACAUUGUUUCUUGGAGUCAUACGGGAAAUAGUUUUGUUGUCUGGAAUCCACCGGAAUUCGCUAGUGAAUUGCUUCCAAAGUACUUCAAGCACAACAAUUUCUCCAGUUUUGUUCGACAGCUCAAUACAUAUGGUUUUAGAAAGAUAGACCCCGACCAAUGGGAGUUUGCAAACGAUGAAUUUAUAAAAGGACAAAGACACCUUCUAAAGAAUAUUCACAGGCGGAAACCGAUCCAUAGCCAUUCAAUGCCGCCUCAAGGAAGCUCUUCAACUCCACUAUCUGCUUCAGAAAAACAGGAAUAUGAAGAUGAAAUCAAUAAAUUAAAACGUGAAACAGGUUCUCUUCGUCUUCAACUUCAGACCCACAAACUGGAAAAUCAAGUAAACGAACAAAAUUUAAACGAACGCCUAAAGAACAUACAAUCAAAACAGAGGAAAAUGGUGUUAUUCCUUGCUGAAAUAUUAGAAAAAUCCAGCAUUUCAUCAUCGAGGCUGCAACACUUGGAAUCGAACAGCAGAAAGAGAAGGUUGUUUAUAUCCACUUACUUGCACGAUGAAGCAAAUGCAGAUGAAAACGAGAAUCUAGACACCCAUGCCUUGAUAACCAAAUUGGAUUCAUCUUUGAAAUUCUGGGUGGAUUUCAUGAACGAUGUUAAAACUUCAGGCGAAGAAACAUAUGAUUCUGGUUCAAGAUUGGAUCAUCCAUCCCCAGAUUUGAAUCACGCAGACAGCCCUACCAUAUCGUUGGUUUACAUGAAUCAAGAUUCUCGGGUAAAAUCAUCAGGAAUCGAUGUGAAUGCAGAACCUGUUACAGCCACUGAUGGUGAUAGCACACCACCGGCGCCACCAGUGCAAACAGGAGCAAACGAUGUUUUCUGGGAACAGUUUUUGACAGAAACACCAGGAGGUGGUGAUAACACACAGGAAGUUCAGUCUGAGAGACGAGAUGUAAUUAGGCCUUUGUGGAAUACUAAUACCAGUAUAAAUAAAAUCACGGAACAGAUGGGGAAUCUGAGUCCUACUGGUAAGCUGGAUGUUCGAUGACUUUAACAUUUCAAGGAGGAUUUCUGGUUUAAACGCAAGAUUAUGGUGCAGCUUGCUUAUGCUACACGACAUCUCUUGUGAUAUUCGUCAAACGUUGGUUAGUUAGUAGUUUGUAUUAUAUUUACGGGGGGAUUUGGUUUACAGUUUUGUCUUGUUUACGAAUUACAAUAGUGUUAACAGUUAAUUUCAUUAUCUGAUAGAAGUGUUUUAGCAUUACAAUAUUACUUCAAAUGAACAUGGAAUUCUGUAAAGGUGCCUUUUGACAUAUUGGUUGGUCUUUGUAACUUUUUGGUUAUGUUUUUUA